AUGGCGCGUUAUGACGUUUUUCUGUGCUUUAGAGGGAAGGACACGCGCCACACCCUCACAGGUAACCUCUAUGCUGCUUUGCAACAGGCUAGAUUCAGAACUUUCAUGGAUGAUGACGAGUUGAAGGGUGCCGACCAAAUUGCAUAUACGAUCGUUGUUCUCUCCGAACACUUUGCGUUUUCCAGUUGGUGCCUUGAUGAACUUGCUAACAUCCUAGACUGCAUGAACACAAAGAACCAAGCCGUUUUUCCAAUCUUUUACGAAGUCGAUCCGUUCUAUGUAAGGCACCUGAAAGGUAGUUUUGGCGAGGCCAUGGUUGCCCAUGAAGCUAGAUUCGGAAAGGACUCUGAGAAAGUAGAAAAAUGGAGGUCAGCUUUGGCUCAAGUGGCCAACUUGUCGGGAUGGUGUUUUGGAAGAGGAAGAUGGUGUUUUGGAGAGGAGUGCGGGGAGGAGGAGCGGCGCGGCGGAGGGGAGUGUGGUGAGGACCUCGUCGCCGACUGA